CUGCAUCUUUCUGGAUCUUCAGGAUUUGACACGUUAAAUAUUAUUCCAGUGCAUUACAAUUUCCCGCCUUUCUAAUUUUAUUUUCUGUUCUCGGUGGAAGCACAUUUCCAUUAACCCCUCUCACUUCACCAGAAUCUUAAUGUGCUCUACGUAUAUCAAUAUUUAAAGAGUAGGACGAUCUGGCAGGUUGCCCAGGCAAGAAGGUCAAGGGCGCAUUAAGGACUGCGCGUUUUCACUGCACUUCACGAUGCAUCCCUGGACGCUGCCUGCCGCCCCCAAUAAUCACAGCUGGGCACAGGGAGCCCCGGGACCAAGACGCUGUUAACAGAGAUCCACCGAUUUCUUCAGGGAAAUGGCAACAGGGAACGUUGGUGGGCUCCACAUUGAAGAGAAGCCCAACUCCGCGACCGAUAACAUCCGGAGCCUUCUUCGCUGCAUGCUAACCGUCCACCGUGCGGGUAAAUGGGGCGCCCCCGACCCUCUGAGGAAAGCCAAGGGGCCGCCAGACUCGCCCCAUACACACGUGGUCCAGCGGCCGCCCCCAGCGCCUCGAGAGAGUCACGUGCGGCCGGCGCCUGCUCCUCGAAGCCCCCGUCUUUCGCCUGGCUGCUGAGGAUGGUGGGGCAGGCGGCGGCAGCUUUGGGCCGCGGGCUGGAGCGCAGGAACGGCGGCUGUUGGGGUCGGAGCCGAGGCGCGGUCCUGCUUCUCUUCUUCUCCCUGUCGCCCAGGCCCUCUGGCGGAGCGGCGUGGCUACUGGGGCUGCGGCCAGAGGAUACGGCGCCCGGGCGCGUGUGGCUCGAAGGGGGAGCGCUGCGAGCGGCCGAGGGCUCCCGCUUCUUGUUGCGCCUCUACUUCCAGCCGCCGGCCGAAGGGAGCGCCGCCAGUAACGGCAGCAGCGCGAGCGAGAAGGUCGAGCGCCGCGUCGUCUUCGUGGAGGAGCCAGCCAAGGUGGAGCGCUGCCCCGAACGCAGCGCCUGGGCCUCGGACGUGGAAGUGCUGGGCCCGCUGUUGCCCGGAGGCUCGGCCGGCUCGGCUUUAGCCGAGGUGAGAGUGCGGGAACCGCGAAAGGGUGAGCCCGGCGCCGGGCCUGAAGGGCGUCGGUUCGGGCUCUGCGCUUGGGAUGGACGAGCCUGGCAACUGCACGGCGCGCCGGGGGGCUUCGUGCUGCAAGUGGAAGCGCCGGCGGCGGGCUCGACCGCGUGGCUGGUCCCGUUGCCCACCGCCGGCUGGUUGCGGGCUCUGGGCGCACUAAUCCUGCUAGCUCUGUCGGCGCUGUUCAGUGGCCUCCGCCUGGCCGUGCUGUCCCUCGAUCCGAUGGAGCUGCGGGUGCUGCGCAACAGUGGCUCGGCUGCCGAGAGGGACCAGGCGCGCAAGGUGGAGGCUGCGCGCGGCCGCGGCGGAAGCGGCACUUACCUACUGUGCACGCUGUUGCUCGGACAGGCGGGUGCCAACGCCACUCUGGCUGGCUGGUUAUGCGCUGCCCUGCGAGCCAGUCACACUGCCCUGCCCGAAGAGAGCCAAGGUGUGCCAUGGCUGCCUGUGCUGCUCUGCACCGGUGUCGUCUUAUUGGGCGGUGAGGUGUUGCCCUACUCCAUUUGUUCCCGCCACGGGUUAGCCAUUGCUGCACACACGCUCUUUCUCACCCGGCUGCUUAUGGCCGCCACCUUCCCCAUAUGCUAUCCACUCAGCCGUUUGCUGGAUUGGGCUUUGCAUCAAGAGCUGAGCACCUUCUCCACAAGGGAGCGCCUGCUGGAGACCCUGAGGGCUGCUGACCCCCAUGGUGAUCUUGUGAGUGAGGAGCUAGCCAUGGUCCAGGGUGCGUUGGAAUUACGCACCAAGGUAGUUGAGGACAUCUUGACUCCUCUGAAUGAUUGCUUUAUGUUGCACUCUCAUGCCAUACUUGACUUCACUACCAUUUCUGAGAUUCUUCGCUCAGGCUAUACCCGCAUCCCUGUAUAUGAAGGUGAACGACGGGACAACAUUGUCGACUUGCUGUUUGUCAAGGAUUUGGCUUUCGUGGAUCCUGAUGACUGCACACCACUGCAGACAGUUACUCGCUUCUAUCACCGCCCGCUGCACUGUGUUUUCCAUGACACCCGCCUAGAUACGCUGCUCGAGGAGUUCAAGAAGGGUAAAUCACACCUUGCAAUCGUACAGAGAGUAAAUGAUGAAGGAGAAGGAGACCCUUUCUAUGAGGUGUUGGGAAUUGUCACCCUGGAGGAUGUGAUUGAAGAGAUAAUCAAAUCGGAGAUUCUGGAUGAGACGGAUCUCUAUACAGACAAUCAAAAAAAGGAAAGGGUCCCCCAUCGGGGGAGGAAACCUCAUGAUUUCUCCAUCUUUAGGCUUUCAGAUAGUGAGAUGAGAGUAAAGAUCACGCCACAGCUGCUACUGGCCACUCAUCGCUUCAUGGCUACAGAGGUAGAGCCUUUCAAGAUGCCACAUCUCUCAGAGAAGAUCCUGCUGCGGCUUCUCAAACAUCCCAAUGUCAUCCAGGAGAUUAAAUUUGAUCACAAAAACAAGCGAGCACCUGAACACUAUCUUUACCAGCGUAACCGGCCAGUUGACUAUUUUGUACUCAUUUUACAGGGAAAAGUGGAAGUAGAAGUGGGAAAAGAAGGAUUGCGAUUUGAAAAUGGUGCUUUCACAUAUUAUGGUGUUCCAGCAAUCAUGACUGUCAUCUGUUCAGAUAAUGAUGGGCGUAAAAUGAGCAGCCUGGCUGGAUCAUCUUUCCUGUUGCCCGUGUCUGUGUCUCGUACCUUUGCCUUCAGCCGAGGGGAAUCUUUGGCUGGGUCCCCAGUGAAUCAAUCCCCAUCCCGUUGCAGUGGAUUAAACCGCUCUGAGUCUCCAAUUCGAGAACGUAAUGACUAUGGAGGCAGCAGCACCCAACUUCAUAGUGGCAGCAACAACAACAUAUACACUCCAGAUUACUCUGUUCAUAUUCUGUGUGAUGUACAGUUUGUCAAGAUUACUCGGCAACAGUAUCAGAACGCACUGGCUGCCAGCCGCAUGGAUACCUCUCCCCAAACUCCUGACAUGGAUGUUUUUAAUGAUGGUGAUUCCACAAAGGCUCCCACAGUUAGAGGCACCCCACAGACACCCAAGGAUGAUCCUGCUAUCCUCUUGAAUGAGAGAAGUAGCAUUGUGGCCAGCAAGUCAGAGGGGAAUAUAAAGAGCCCUACAGACUCUUUGUUCCUGCACGUGGAGGGGAUCCCCCACCACCAGGAGGAGUUGACAGGCCACCCAGAAAUCAGCAUGCAGAAAAAUGAAGAUUAUAUUGUCAGGCUGGAACCUGAGUCCUCAAGCAGGGAAAUGGAGUUUAGCACAUCUCCAGGUGCUCCUCAGGAACCCCUAGGAAAGAAGCUACUUUGGACACUUAGUGGGAGGAAAAAACCUUCGGCAGACAGUGAGAAAAGUUCAGAUGAUAAUACUAACUUCACAUCGCUUAUCACAUGAGUAGCAACAUGGCUCUGCCUUUCUCACAGGUCUGCAGCAUGACAGCGACUGUGACCAGAUUCAUGUGUAUGUGACAGCACCUGCUUCUCCAACAUUAACCACCCCUUACCUUUAGGGUUAAAGAGACCACAGCCAUUUAAGCUUCAGAAGUGGCGUCAGCAAAUAUGAGCUGAGAAAGUCUCCGGAAAAAGUGGAAAUGAAAACAGUAUAUCGGUGGAGUAUAAAGAUUCCUUUAGGUAGUUUAGCAGGGCAGUGUCCUCACCAUCUCAAGAGUUACUAUCACUGGGAAAAAUAUAAAGGAGGAAGGCACACAGGCCUUCUUUCCUGCUAGACAUGCCACUCCAUUAGUGUAGUCCAGGAGAAGAUAUGAGUGCAGGUAUAUGCAACAACAUCGCACCAUAUACUCAAGAGUUCAUCUGUAUCUGUGCAUUAUCCAAACCAGCCCUAGACAUAUUGAUACUGGUAAACAGCACCAGCAGGAUUUAGGUUGAUGGUAUGAAGUGCAGAUCAUGGUACAAAUUACCUUGUCAUUUGUAACCCAUGAAUAAAUGGGCUUUUGACCCUGAUAUUCUGAUUUCAAAUUAAUUGACAAAAAAGAACAGUUAAUAUCAGAUCUCUGGGAGAAAUAAUAUGCACUUGUUUUAAAUUUAGUUCCUUUGAUGUAUAGCUUAGACACGUACAGGAGAGAUGGAGAGAGGGAAAGAUAAAGAAAAAAUGUUUUAGUAGAGGUGCCCCCAAAAUGUGACCUUUAUGCAUCUUCAUCAGGAUCAAAAUUGAGAUCAUUGAAUGCUUAAACAUGGUUUUGAAGUCAAUUUUUCCAGCUGUUUAGCUGGUAAAGAUCCAAAAGUGGCACUACUAACAUUUCAUGGACAGACACAUCUAACAGUGGCAGGUCCACAGAGGUAUUUCUGAAGAGUCACUUACUGCAGUUUUCUUGUUCUUCAAGUAAGGGAGAGGCAGUAUUUGCAUGUGAAGUAAAAAAGAAAAGUUUUAUUC